AUGUGUAAGUCCCAACAGACAUGGGAGAGUAGAGUUGAUAUCGAUGGUGAAGCUGAGGGUGAAACUGAAGAUGGUGAAGGAGACGGUCAAGAAGAUGGUGAUGAUGAUGAUGAUGAUGAUGAUUUCAUCAAGAAAGCAUUCCUCGUCUGCCUUGCUUUGCAAGCUUUGCAAGCUUUGCCCUGCUUUGCCCUGUCAUAUUUGGUCCGCUUUCGCGCAGGAACAAGCUACCCAGCCUCUCGUUUGCAAUUUUAA